AUGGCAACCCAGCAGGGACCGGCCCGCCGUAACGGCGUCAUUGGGUUCCAGAUGACGGGUGCCCCCACCCCCGCCAUCCCUCUGAUCGCCCCGCCCCGCAAUGGACCCAUUGGCUUCCAGAUGGUGCCUGGUCCGUCUUCGACUGCCACCCCUUCUUCUUCUCUCAUCAACCAGGGUCCUCCGCACAGGAUCACCCCCCUGGUGGGCCCCGACACAGCCCAUUCUUCCCCCUCCAGUGCCCGACCAAGUCAGGCACAGCGCGAAGUGAACGCCCUGAAUGAAAAACUGACUUAUGCCGAAGCGACAAUCCAUCGGCAAGAGAUGGAGCUGAACCGGGCCAGGUCCCAGGCCACGGCUCUCCAUUCUCAGUUGACAAGUCAGCGAAGCACGACCCGAUUCAUUGAUCAACACCAGAUGGACACCAUGAUCCAUCAGUCCAACAGUAACAGGGCACGCGACAUUGAUGCCCAAUUCAAGAUCGUCGAUGAACGAUUGGAUCAGGUCUCCGAGGACCUUGAGCGUGCUGAGGGCAACAAAAAAGCCCUUGAGGCUUUGAAGCAGACUAUCGAAAAGGACCGGGCAGAUGUCCAGGACCUACAGAAGAUAGUCAAUGCGACUGAAUAUAGCCUGCAGCGACAACAACGCCUGGCGGGUGCGGAGGACCGGAUGAAAGGCCUCCUCAAAAAUAUGGAAAAAAUGCUUGCUGCGGCCAUGCAAAACACAAGGGCGAGCCAGGUCCAGACUCGCAAGGUACCAAUUGCUGAGUCCUCGGCCAGCCCUGUGGGUAUUGCACGCCGCCCUGUCGUGGGAAGCCAGGAACCAGGCUCCCACGGGCAUGCAUUUGAUCCUCACCCGCGGCAGUCCGGCAAGGGAAAAGAACGUGGCCCGAGAUCGCUCCUCCCUGAGGAUCUCGAACGUGAUGGUGAUCUUAGCUCUGACAUUGAUGAUGCUGACUGCUCUAUCAGGUCGCGGUCCGAAAGUCCCAGCGUUCUUUCUGAUGUUAUGUCAUUGGAUAGUCGCAGAUCAUCACGGGCUGGGUCACCCAUGGAUAUCACCACUGAAGCCACAGAACAAGAACUUGCUGCCCAUAUGUUGCAGGCAGAUGAGUCGCAGGUGGGCGACCGAAAUGCAGCGGUGCAGGAAGCACCAGCUACCACCCUUGCCAUCACUUCCCAGCAAGUGGAGACUACCGACAGGAUGGAAUUUUCUUGCCCGAUCUUUUACUUCGAACUCGCACAGUUGAACGGCGAGGCCUUUGACGGUUACAUGGAAUGGGUUGGGGAGCCAGCACAACUGAUCACAGUCUACAACCAAGAUGACCCGGCGGCUCCGAGCCAGGCAUCUAGUGGUCAGAUCCCAUCCGUUCAUGCAGUAACUUUUGAUGCCGACAACGAUGUCUUGAUGGUUCCCAGUCAGACAUCAAGCGUCGUGCGCCCUGAGCCUUCCUUCAAUCUGUCGAUAUACAGCGAUUAUCCUCCCGUCCCGAUCUCGCGACACUUGAGUCGCACUAUCGCCGAUGGCAUAGCACUCGCCCUUGACAACCCCACGUUGCCGAGGGAUCCUGACCGCGUAUACAAACGGCAGGACCGUCUCACCGGGAGUCGUCGCCGUGAGGUGCGCCGGAGGGUGAUAGAGUUCGUCAACCUCCCUGUACGAAAACGGACAGCUAGGAUGGACGAGCGCAGCGAGGACGGAGAACCAGAUCGCAAGAAACACAUCACAAAGGAAAUGGUGGAAGCCAACGGAUCGCUUUUGCUUUCCCUUUCUGAGGUAUAUGUGAUGAACACAGCCCCGAAAGUGCCAGAAAUGAGUGUGCCAGCUGAUUCGCAGCCAGCUCAAUCUGUGCAUGUUUCGACAGAGGAGGUGACAACCCAGGCAGUCAUGAGUGUGCCAGCUGUUUCGCAGCCAGCUCAGACUGUUUUGGAGUACACUGAGUCUGUCAAGACCGAGCAGGUGCCUACACAGGCAGUCAUGAGUGAGCCAGCUGUUUCUCAGCCGACUCUGACUGUUCUGGAGUACACCGACACUGUCUCGACCGAGCAGGUGCCCACUGAGGCAGCUAUGAGUGCGCCAGCUGUUCCCCAGCCGACUCAAGCUGCCUUGGAGCCCACCGUGCCCGAGUCCAGUGUUCUUGAGCUCGCGUCAACUGUGUCCAUCCCAUCUGAUGAAGUUGUGGGUGCGCCUGCUCCUAGUGAGCCAGCCCCAACUGAGUCAGCCCAGACUGAGCCAUCGUCAGCUGAGGAAAUUCUGAGUGUGCCUGCUGUUACUAAGCCGACUCUGAAUGAAUCAGAUCUGACUUGGCAGACCGAAGAUGAGCCUGUUGUUCCGAGCCUGCGGACCGGUACUCGUUCGCACCUCGAUCUCUUGCUUGCGAGACACGCGGCAAGGACUCAAGCUCGUCCUUCCAUCAUUUCUUCUCCUGGGGGGUUGCAGGUCACAGCAACCUCUCGAAUUGUCUCCACCUCUUCCCUGGUCGCUAGUCCCGAAGACGCUUCGGUAAAGAAUGCCGUUGCAACAGGGACAGAUUCCCGUGCGGGGGUUUCGAAAGGCACCAAGAGGGUCGAGGACGCCAACCCGACUUGCAGCGCUCAACAGAUUGCAGGAGAACAGCGCGAGGAAAUGGGCGGAGAAGAGGCAGCGACUUCUGGUCUUCAGAUGCCAGGGGCUUGGCCUUCCGACCCACCCGCCGUCACUGCGUCUGACGAGUCAGACAUGCAUGAGGGAUCGGCUUUGCUGAGGGGGUUGUGGACAGGAACUCGAUGGCUCUCCUUUGGUGUAUUCGUUAUGGUGAUGGUGAUUCUGCUGUCGUUCCCCCUGUGGGUAGGUCACCUUGGACACCUGGUUUACGCCUUGGAGGGUCCUGAACAGUUCCUGGAGGAACUGCGCUGGGAGCACGGAUAUGAAGUUCCUUUCUUGGAGCGGAUUAUCUAUGUCUUCCUUCGUUGUUUUGCCGGAGAUCGGACUUUGUUCGGUUAA